UUCCCAUUCAUCAGGGGCAGCUCUUCUUCCCUGUCGUUCUGCAAUCUGGACUUUCGAUUCCGCGUGAAGAAGACGAAUUUCAACGCGGAAUUCGAAAGACACAUCCAAAUUACCAGUUUCACAUUUAUCGGCAUCAAAAAACUGGAAAAAAAGUCGGUUAUAGGAAGUAAUGGGCACACCGGCGUUCCCAAAUCUAGGUAAACAUUGCUCCGUUGAUGAUUGUAAGCUCAUCGAUUUCCUUCCCUUCACCUGCGAUUGUUGCAACAAGGUUUUUUGCUUAGAACACCGGAGUUACACCACACAUCAAUGCCCAAAAGCCAACAAGAACAAUCGAACAGUAGUCAUCUGCCCACUUUGUGCAAAAGGGGUUCACUUAAUCCAUGAUCAAGACCCAAACAUAACAUGGGAAUCUCAUGUCAAUACAGAUUGUGACCCAUCAAAUUACGAAAAAGUCACCAAGAAAAAGAAAUGUCCAGUCCGUGGCUGCAGAACCACCCUAACCUUCUCCACCACCAUCAAGUGUCGCGACUGCACCAUCGAACACUGCUUAAAACACCGGUUAGGACCCGACCAUGGCUGCCCGGGCCCCAAAAAACCAGACCCAUCAUUCUCAUUUUGGGGGUCAUCAUCAUCAUCAUCAUCAUCAAGAUGGAGUGAAAGUUUGCUAGCGGCAGUUUCGUCCCUUAAAAUGGCAGUGCUUGGCGAGGAUAGUUAUAGUAAUGGUGGUGGUGGUGGUGGUACUGGCGGCAAUGGAGGCGGGAAAGUGGAGGAGUGCCCGAUAUGUAAUAUGAAGUUUUCGAAGGGUGCAGCGUUGAUAGAUCAUGUGCAGGGUGUUCAUGGAAAAAAGGGGGUGAUGAAAGUGACGAUUGAUGUGUGUCCAAAGUGUAGCAAAGGGUUUAAGGAUGCUGUGGCGUUGGUGGAGCAUGUUGAAAAAGAACAUAGAGGUGUGUCGAAAGCCUAAAAAGAGAGUAUAUAAAGUGGUGUAAAUGUAAAAUGUAAAUUACAAUACCCCUUCUUUAUAUUCCAUUCAUUUUCCAAUUUUUUGCCAUGGAAUUAAAUUGUAAAUUGAUAUCAGAUUUAUAAAUUCAAAUUCAACACAUUUUUUA